AUGGCAGCCGUCAAAUCAAGAUUCAACAUCCCAGUCCCAUCAACAGACCUACUAUCUUACCUCUUCGAUUCCUCGUGGAGUCCUACCCAAGGAUGGCCAGCCGCUGAGCCGCUCAUCCUAUCGGCAAAGGGAUCAGACGAACCAUCGUGCACCUUCAACCAGCUGAAACAACUGGUCAAGUGCUUCGCAAGCGGGUUCCAACAGGGCGCCCGACCCGGCGCGCGAGUGGUGAUCUACGGAACUCUGGACGUGUAUCUUCCUGUUGUUCUAUUCGGCGCGAUCGGAGCUGGGGCUUGCUGCAACAUCUGUCCCACAUACCCGCUCGCAGAGACAGUCGCUCGUCUGGAGGCCGUCAACGCAGAUUUCGUGUUUUUCGGUCCGCAGCACGUGGGUUGUGUACAGGCAGCGGCAGCAAAAGCGGGCGUCCCGACGGAGAAUCUGUUCGUCCUUGAUCAGUUCACGACGGGAGAGGCUGUGGCAGGGGGUGCUAUUCGCCAUUGGAGCUCUCUGCUUGAUCUUACAAAUGGACCGAACUUUGAGUGGAGGAGAUUAUCAGCUGAGGAGGCUAAGACCACUACAGCCUUGUUAACACAUACAUCGGGAACGACCGGACUCCCCAAACUAGCCGAAAGAACACAUUACGGACUAAUCGGCAACACAGAGCAGCUCCUAUAUCGCUACCACCUGAAAGAGCGGAGCAGGCAUGAGGUCUUCUUCUGCACUUUUCUCUACGCCGGAAUCGGGUUCAUUCUCUACGGCCUUCUAAUACCCCUGAAGGCCAGAUACAAGUCCAUCUAUAUGCCCGAGUACAAUUUAGAAGAGUUCCUGCGUGCUGUUGAGAUGUACAAACCGACAUCACUGCAUACUCCAAAACAUAUAUUUCAGAGUCUCUUGAAUAAUGCUACGCACGCGGAUUUUUCGAGCGUGACUAGCCUCCGAACAGGAGGCGCUAUGAUUCCCUACCGAGCAUGCGAGGAGUGGACGCGGUGUCAUCGAUCUCCGUGUGAGGUUGUGUGCGGGAUGACUGAGGGUGGGAUACACUUCGCGUCAGAUCCACGGGUCCCGGAGACGGACAAUACAGUCGGAGAGCUUCUUCCCAAUCUCGAGGCGAAGGUUGUUGACCAGAAUGGUCAGCCACUGGCUAGGGGAGAAUGUGGGGAGAUUUGGAUCCGGAAUCCGUUUGCUAUGAAGGGGUACCUGGAUAAGAUGGCUGAGACAAAAGCGCUAUUUUCUCCAGAUGGGUUUAUUAAGACGGGGGAUAUUGGUAUGGUGAAUGUUCGGGGUCGGUGGUAUGUCCUUGGGCGAAUGAAGGAUAUGUUCAAGCGCAACGGAGCGCAUGUAAUGGCAUCGGAAAUCGAAGCAGCCAUCGUAACUCAUCCAGAGGUGCUUGAGGCCGUCGUUGUUCCUGUGAAGCUCCCGCAAGAGGAGGACGAGGAACCAGUUCCGCGUGGCUAUAUUGUCCGAAGACUAGGGUCCACGCUGACGAUUGGCCAAUUUAUGCAGUGGAUGUUCUGUGAACUGUCGGAAAAGCUGCGUCUUGAAGGUGGUGCCGAGUUUCUUGAUGCUCUACCGGUAUCCACUGGUGGAAAGAUAGAUCGCAAUGGACUACGAGAGAAGGCUGCAAAGGAGAUUUAUGAGACCCAAGGAAUACUACAAAGUGGUGAACAGGUCAGUCAGCUCUAG